UAAAAACCUCGAAAGAUUAUCAAUAAUAAAAUUAUUUGUACUGUUUGCGCAGAGAAGUGUUUCAGGUCGUGAUACAGGAUAAUCUCUCAAAUCGUGUAAUGUUAAAGAUUAUUUCUUGCGGAUUCAUCCAGAUGCGGAAACAAAUUUCUCGAUGGCACGUUUCACAACGAGACUGGGAAAAAUCAAUUGCUCUGCUUUGCAAGAGAGAAUUGCUCCACAUAAACAAUCUACGAUUAUACGAUUUAGGUUCUCCCCUAAUGCGUGUGCGAUCGGUACACGAGUUCCUAUAUAUACGCUACAGCGAAUAUUAGUAUCCUGACGUCUCGUUCAAACCAUCAGUCUGAUAGUGACUGCUGUGAGGAGAGACGAGCCAAUUUCAAACGUGAUUGCAAACGGCACGCGUAUCGUCUUCAUGUUUUUUAAGUGCGGUCGUGCUGUAAUAAGACGCAAGUCGACAAUGGCGAAUCGCAACAUGCUCGCUGCGUUGCUCGGCAUCCUGCCGAUCUUCUGGACACAGAGGAUCGGAGCGAGUGUGUUGGUCGCCGAUACCACGAUGUCCAGGAUGGUGGAACUGAAUGCCGAUGCACCGUUCUGCGCUCUUUACAACGAUCGAGGAGUCAUCCAGAGGAUGGUUCUCGGCGCGGAUCCCAGAAAGGUUCAACAAAUUUCCAGCAAUCUCGUCGCUGAUCUUGAAGAGACCUGCAAAGCUUCACGAAACAAGGGCAAGAAUCAAGCGCCUGGUGGCGGUCUGAUAUAUCCGGGUACGAAGUGGUGCGGACCGGGCAAUGUGGCCAACUCGUACGACGAUCUUGGCCAACAUUCGGCCGAGGACGCCUGCUGCAGAGAACACGACCAUUGUCCCUCCACGAUAGCGCCACAACAGUGCAUACAUGGUAUAUGCAAUAACUCGCCGUUUACUCGUUCACAUUGCGAUUGCGACGCCAGGUUCCGCAAGUGUUUGCAGAAUCUCAAUACUGAGGUGGCUAACACGCUCGGCGCGCUUUUCUUCAACGUCAUUCAAGUCACAUGUUUCAAGGAGCGACGACCGUGCUCGCAAUGGCAAAGGAAUGGUUACGCGGAGGCUGUGUCCGAUCGGUUGUGCUCGCAGUAUAAGUUCCGACCUAGCGAUAAGUACGUGCCUCUGAUUCGGCUGAAUAUGAACCUAUGAAUUCGGAAGCGACAGAAGGACGCCUUAAAAAAGACGGAAGCUCGUAGAAGAGAAGGGUACAACAUGCGAUGAAAAUAUGACGAUCAUAGACACCGCAUUAUCUGUUGCAUAUCAAAUUGUCGUCCUUACUGUCGCGCAUGCAUUCUUAGAAGUUACAUGAAAGCAUCCAAGUUUUUCGUAAUAACUGCAAAUAUCGUUCGGAACAGCGGAGCACUGACUGCGGAGUUACAGAGCGGAGUUAUUCUGUAUAUAUCGAUUACAAUUCAUUUUGAUGGCUAUGCUUUCUAUCAAGUUUCUCUUCGAUAGAAAAGAUAUUCCGCCAUCUCGAGAUUUUUUUUAUGCUAAUGGGAUAAAAUUAUUCUGCGAAUUUUAUAGAAAUAUUUAUAAAGAGAAACAGGGUUGCUCGUUAUAAGCGUUGGUAGCAACAUGACACGACAUUAUCUUUUCCAUAGUUACUAUUAUUUUUAACAAAUAAGUAUUUCACCCGAAUAUUUGAAAUUAUGUUAAUAACUAUACGUUAUUUUACAUAGUAUGUCAUAAAUUAAUGUGCCAUAAACGUUUGGUUUAUUGUAAUUAUAUUAAUAUUUUUAUAUUAGUCUAGUCUGUAUACAAAGAUAUCUCUAAUUGAAUAGCGUAUACCUCGUAUUUAUUAACCAGAUUUGAGGUAUCAUACUCACAAAGAUAGAUAAUUUUAAGACAGAAAUUACUUUUGAUUAAAUAUUAAAUAUUAAUGAAUUUUUACACUUUACUAUUAAUUUCUAUAAUGGGAACAAAUCGUCAAUGUACGAUGUUAUUUACGAAACUAUACCAAUAUCUCAACAAGUAGUUUGCUAUUUUCGUAAUAAAGCAUUAACAGGAGGCUCAAAUAAUAAAUUGCGAACAUAAGACGACUCUACACUGAGAAAAUAUUUAUAAAUAGAUGAAAAAUUGUACAGAAUGAAAUACACAUCUAAAC